AUGAUUUUCAAUCAUCUCCUCACCAUCUCCACCCUCUCCAUCCUCCCCACCCCCAUUCUCUGCACCCCCUCGCCAUCUUUCUACCCCAACACCACCAACAUCACCUACCCAUCCUCCCAAACCCCCAACUUCACCUUCAACCAUCUCUACUUUCUCACCGACCGCUUCCUCAAAAACCACAUGUACCCCCUCAACAUCGCCCAAGCCUCAUCCAUAAACUCCUCUUUGCUUUCUGCCGAUAUCCUCGGCCGCGUAGACGCAACCCGGGACUACGCAGGCCGCGAACUAAACACUGAAUACCUAUUCGGUCUUUUCGCAAACAUUGCAUUGAAUCCUGAUGCGUUCACCCUGCUUGGGUAUCCUGUCAAUUAUACGUUCACGAGAUUCUCAGGCAGUGGGAAUGUAGUCUCGUUUGCUGCUAUCGUCGAAUACAUGUUACCUGUCACGAGGACGACAAUCCCUCAGGAGCUGGAUUUCUGGGUCACUUUCAACGACAAGGGCGAGAUUUCGCAAUAUGAUGGCAACUUCCGCUACCUCCAAUGGCAACUAACCUCGACAAUCUCCACCAUCGCCACAUCUCUGAACCUUUCUUCCGCUGCCGAUCUCACACCCAUCCUGCACAGCAAACUCGCAACAAGCAUCUGCGACACAGCCACAAGAUUCUGCAAUGGCACAAACCUGCAAUAUGAGAGCCAGCAGGCUUGUGAAAAUCAUCUGUUCAAUCAGACUAGGUUUGGAGAGGGUUGGGAGUGGGGGAUGGAUACCGUGAGCUGUCGUAUGAUCCAUCAAAACAUGGUGCCGCUUCGACCAGAAGUGCAUUGUCCACACAUCGGUCCCUCGGGAGGAGGUAUGUGUGUCGAUGACCGCACAUACGUUGGAAACCUCGAGGAAGACUACUUUGUCAAUUCGCCUUUUCUGGCUCCUGGACUUGAGGGCGGUGUGUUUACCUGA